UCACGUGACACGCAAGUUAGGUUACGUUUGAUUUUGACGUUUCAGGCGUUUGGACGAAGCCGCCCGGUACCGUCGGAAGUGUCGGAACAGAUCAAAGUCUUCCUUUCAAAGGUCCCGAGUUCGAUUCGAUCAAAUCAUUAUAAUAAUCAACAGUCGAAUUAAGCUCGCUCCCGGCGGCACUUUUCUGAUGUAACUUGGGUAUACGUCGAACAGAGGUUCCGGAAAUUGUGUCAAUAGGACUGUUCCUGCUAAAACCUUGAGGGCUUCGGUAACGCUAAAGGAAUGGCGCCAAGGAAAUUAAAGGAGUGUAUAACGUUUGUGAUGAACGUCGGAAUCGUCCGUCAUGGCACACAGAGCAGUUCGCAGCUGUUGGAUAAGGAAAAGUAUAUUCUUAAACAUAUCAUUCAGAAGAAGAUAUUCCUACGUCCCAACGAUGAAGUAGGAGUGAUAUUGAUGGGCUCGGAUAGCACUACAAGCGACAGUAUUAUAGAAAUGGAAAAUGUACACGAGCUGUGUAGCAUGCAGGUUGGAAACUGGGAUUUGAUAAGAAGCAUCGAGAAACUGCAGCCCACAAAUCAGACUAGUUCUUGGAUGGAGGCAAUUGACGCCGCGGUCAAAUAUAUUCAGCACGAAUGCGUAGAUAAAUCUGACAGAAAAAUAAUCCUGUUGUCUACUUUCGACGAAGAAGAGAACGUCGUUGACCAAUUUCAGGCAGAGGAUAUCGCAGAGACAUUACGUUCAGAAGAAACUUCACUUAUAGCAAUUGGAGAGAGAACACUGCACGAUAUAGAUGAAGAUUCUCAAACAGCCAGUGAAACGUUACUUAUGAAUGUUCUGGAACAGAUUAACGGUCAGUAUCUCACUUUUGAACAUGCUAUGUCGGAUGUGCGCUUCUACAAACGACCCUCGACUAGACCGAAUCCGUGGCGCUGCGAAAUGGAAUUGGGCGACUUUCGCAUUCCGAUCGUUGGAAUUUCCAAAAAUCCGACCGAGGUGAAGUUACCGGAAAUGAGACAGAUGGCUAAAACAAGUACAUCCAGUAUGCCCGAUCAAGAAGUGCCGAUUAAGAAUGUCGCACAAUGGACGGACAACAACAGGACCCCUUACACGAAAGAGGAUAUUAUCCGCGGCUAUGUAUACGGUGGCAAGGCUAUUCCUGUUUCGGAUGAAUCUAAGGAAGCCAUGACUCUCAAAGACAAGACAAGGCAGUGUUAUAAGAUCCACUGUUUCACUGCGCGGGAAAACAUUCCUAUGGAAUAUUGGCUGUCGGAUGGCUCGUACGUUAUUGCACCCGCUACCGAGCCGGCAAGCGAGCCGUUUUACAGUCUGGUGCAAGCCAUGGUUGACAAAAACGUUGUCGCGAUAGUGGAGAAAGUCUACAGAGCAAACUGCGAAGCUAACAUGAUGGCAUUAUUUCCAAGUGUUGACGUACCGAAUGAACCAUGGUGUCUUAUUGAGAUUGGUUUGCCAUUCGAGCGAGAUUAUGGAGCAAUAGCGCAGAGACCGUUGAAAUUCGUGAUGGACCAACUGUCGAAGGAGCAGGACGAUGCCAUGGACGAUCUGUUAGAGUCCUUAGAAUUGCCCGACACCGUUAGUCAGAAAUAUUUACCGGAAUGUGUGCCGGAUUCUGGAACACAACGCAUGUGGGAUGUGUUAGCACAUCGCGCGCUUAAUCCGGAUAAACCGUUGCCGCCUAUCGCCGAAGAAGUGUUAAAUAUUUUCGAGCAACCCGAAGUGAAAGAGAGAAGUGCGCCAGCGAUCGAAAGGAUCAAAAACUUGUUCUUCUUAGAGAAAAAGAAGCCUCUCAAUAGAAAGAGGCGUUAUAAAUCGCAAGAGGAGGAUGAACAAUCCGACGUUAAUAAUGAUGUGCCUAUGACGCAGACAGUAAAAGAGGAGGAGAAAGAUACCGUAAACGGUAACAGUGACAAAUCGAAGAAUAUCGAUUUAUCUGAUGCAUGCGAUUUCGAUUUUGAUGACAUUGCUGAUAUCUAAGGAGCUGCUGGCACUAUUUUGGCAAUUAUGCUGUAACUGUUCCUUUUGAAUUCCUAUGUCUUCAUAAUCACAUAUAUUAUAAUUUCAAUGAUUUGAAAAACCGUUUAAUAUAUUUUUUAUAUACUUGUUGAAUGAAAUCAAUGCAUUUCAGUAAUAAUAAAAUGAUGUAAUGUUGAUAUUGCAGUGUGAGAAAGUG